UGAUAAACCCUAUUGGAAUGACGUCUACUGAGGUGAACAGCUGAUCAGCAAGUGACAUAUAAAUUUAGAUGGAUUUAUUGUAGGUUAUGCAAUUUGUUUUUGGACCAAGAUUUCUGAACGUAUCUAGAAGUUUGUUUGCAAACAGAUAGUGAAAAGAUAAACGCAAACCGAUAUGUUCUUAAAUCGAUUUAUCCCUUAUUUAGAACGCAGAACUCAUCUGCUGAAAAUUCAAACUCGUAAUGCAGUGUACACGAAACACGGGAAAAUACAAAAUGAGCCCUAUAGGGCAUCUAUGGGCGUCUUGAAGGUUCUGGUUACUGUAGUUUCUGGAUUAUUGAUUGGUGCUGCAAUAAGCAAGAAUAUUGCUAAUUUUCUUGAGGAAAAUGAUCUGUUUGUACCAUCUGAUGAUGACGAUGAUGAUGAUUAAAUCAGUGGUUAAUGAUCAGUAGUAACUUAUUGAAUUGUAUCCAAAUGUUAUCGCCAAUUUUUGAUCUAAAACUAGUUAUUAUUUAUUACUCAUUGUAAACUUUUGAUAAGUUAUUGUUAGCUGAUAUUUUAUGGUAAAUUUGUAAUAGUAAGUUUAUGUUUCAAACAUUGUUCCCUUUAUAACUAUCAUACAAUAAGAAUAUUGAUGACUUACAUUUUUUGUCAUUGUUUCACAUUUUUUGUGUUAAUAAUUUUGAGUGUAUUAAACUUGAGCUCAAAAAGAUGUUACUCAGCAAACUAUCCAUGUUGAUUUUAUUGCUGAUGCAUUGUUGACUAGUUUUUUGUUAUCAAAAUCGCUGAUUAUGCUUUUAAACAAUAGUAACUAAGUAUAGAUGGAGAAACUUGCCCCAAUUGAUUCACUAGUCAUCCUUAAGUUAUGUGAUGUUAUGCCCAGUCUAAAUUUUAAGUACCUUUCCACUUAUGCAUAUGCAAUUUCUAGUUUAGUCCAUCUGUUUGCCAAUAUUUUUGUGUUCAAUAUAGGUAUGUUCAAAGUGAGAAUUGUUUGCAUUAUAUUGAGGUUGAGCUACUAUUUAUUAUAAUAUGACUGCAUUAAAUUACAUUUAAACUGUAAAUUGUAAUUUUUUUCUACCCAUUACCAAAUUUUUUUUAGAUACUAGAAAUACAAUAAGCAAUUAAUUUUACUUUGUGAAAUAGAUAUUUUCAGGACCUUUUCUGUAGCUAAAAUCAGGAAGUGGUGUUCUCACUAAUAAAAAAAUAAAAAAAAGUCCAUAUGCAUUCAUAGGUAUUUUUAUUCUUUCGAAGCCUUUUACAAGCUGUCAUGUACCAUGUUUAUCAUACAACUAUGUUAUAUCUUAAAGAAAACGCCUAGUAAUCACAAAUUAUAAGAUUAUAAAUAAAU